CACAUGAAGCCUAUGGAAGGUCAGGGCACGCCCUCAAGCGGGAACAUGCAACAGCAAGGCCUGCCUCCCGCAAUGGGCAUGCUCGUAAAGCCUCUAGGGACCAACAACUUUGUCACAAAGCUCUACCAGAUGAUCAACGAUCCAAAGUCUGCGCAGUUCAUCCAGUGGACGGAGCUUGGCACGAGUUUCGUGGUGUCGAACGUGGGCGAAUUCAGCCGUUCCAUUCUGGGUUCGCAUUUCAAGCACAACAACUUCUCCAGCUUCGUAAGACAGCUGAACAUGUAUGGCUUCCACAAGAUCAAUCGCACUCCGCGCGCGCAGCGCACAUCCGCGGACGUGCAGACAUGGGAGUUUUCUCACCACAAGUUCCUCCGUGGACGGCCUGACCUCCUGGAGGAGAUCAAGCGCAAGGCACUCGAGCCCGAUCCGUCGAUCAAGCACCGUGUCGAGCUCCCGGGUGAGGUCGCAGCGCAGCUGAACCAAAUGCGGGAGGACAACCGCCGGCUGGCGAUGGCUUAUCACACGGAGAAGAACAAAGUCGAACGACUGGCCCAGGUCACGAAGGCCAUGUACGACGUUAUCUCGAGGACGUGGCCGGGAUCAGUACCCGUGCCGUUCCCGAACGACAUCCUAGAGCCCUGCGAGAGCCCGAACAUCUACAUCACGUCGCCGACAAACGGCCCGCAGGCGCACUUCCAGCCGGCGCCGCUCUCGAUGGGCAGCGCGUCGCUGCACUCGCUGCACUCCAUCAGCCCAGGCUCGAGCCCGACCGCACCCGACUUUCCACAGCACGCGCACGCGCACACGCCGCACCUCUCGCGGCAGCACAGCUUCCAGCACAUCCCGUACGAGAGCGCGGCGAGCAUGGUCGGGCACGUGUCGCACGCGCGGUACGAGCCCGCGCUGUCGACGCCGCUCCCGCCGUCGCCGGGCGCGAUGGAGUUCAGCGAGGACGCGGCGCGGCUCGCGGCGAAGCGGCAGCGGACGGGCGUGGGCGAGCCGGACGCGGGCGCGUCGAGAAAGGGGUCGAGGGCGAGGAGCGACUCGGCGCCGUUGGGGUAUGGGUUGAGCUCGGGGUGGGCGCAGACGCGGCCGAGGAGCGGGAGUGGGCUGGGUCCGCGGGGUGGGAGGAGGGAUGAGUUGCCGAUUCCGAAUAUUGGUGCGCUGUCGAGGGGCAAUACGUUGCCUGUGCUGUCGAUACCCCCCAUGCCGAAACAGUCCUCGAAUUGAGCGCGGGGCGGCGGCGCCGGCUCCAAAAUCCAGUUUGCUAGAGUGGUCCUUUGGAUCUUUGUCGUGUUUCUGUGCUCUGCCUCGUCGAGCUCUCGUUGGUCGUGCUCGUGCUGCGCUUCUUGGACCCACGCAUGCGGUGCUUGGUGUCGUUCUGUCGCUCGUCUGAUUCACGAAA